AUGUUUAGGCCUGCGUCGCUGGGCGGCUUUGCCGCGCUUCGGGCCGGCCUGGGCCGCGCCAGGCUGCAAGUGCCCAUGUGCCGCCAGCCCUGCGGCUCCCGCGCGGCAUCCAGCGACGUUUCUGCGAGUGCUGGACCCCUAUCUACACCUGCAAGCGGAGAUGUAAAGCUCUACGCGCCAUAUAUCGUGAAGGAGAUUCAGCCUCCCCGUGGAGGCAGCCCAAUCUAUUGGAGCGUGCGCAGAGGGAUUUUCAGAGCGAAGACCAACUUCAUGCUCCUAUCGCGUCAGAUGCGCUGGAACAUAUGCCUGGUGCGCACGUCUUUCGCCGGCGUGCCGAAGCAAUCGUACGACCCGAAGAUCAACCAGUGGGUCAAGCUAAUGGACAACGAGGAAUGGGGAGGCGUCGGAGGCCGGCUGUGGGUCGACAUUUCCAACCACCUGAUGUUCAACAUCUUCCUGGCAUUCGUGCUAUACGCGUGCUACUUCCGCUUCAUCACGAACAACAAGCACAACGUCUUCGCGAAAUGGGCGAACACAGAGGAGGAAGACGACGACGAAUGA